CGGAGCGCUAAUUUGUUUAUAAACAAAAUAGCACACUUUCUGUGGACUUUGCACAGCUAUAUUACUAAUAUAGGAAAUCUUGAAGAUUUUAUUUCAGCAUGUCCAGCAAUAAAAUAGCUGGUAAUUAAUUUUCCUUGUUUUUUACUAAUUUUCCCAGAUUAUUACCUCACAUCUUUCAUUGAGUUGAUGAUUCAUGUUGUGGACAUUCUCAAUUAUUAUAUUUCUAAUUUAAUACUAUUCUAUCUAAUUCCUCAAAACAAGCAAAUUUCAAUUAAACCCAGCUAUAUUAUAAUACCUUUUGAUUUAGUUUUCCUUGCAAGAAAUAAACAAAACACAUCUAAACUAAACCUAACCUCGCUUUUGGCCAUUCAUUCAUCUCCGUGUCAAAUAAUUUCGACAGUCGCCAUCGCCAUAUUGAAAGCGACUUGUUUAGUGUCGAAAUUUGAUUUAGAAUCAGGGCCCAGAUCCGAUCAGACCGGUUUUCCGGCGAGGGUGCCUACAUUGGUUCAGUAAUCUUCCGACCACCGACCACCGACAAUAAGUUCCGAUGAAGAUGUGUUGAGAUGAUGACAUUGAAUAUAUUUAAACAUGUUAGCUUGCAACCCCCAACUUGCAACAAACUUGCAACCAGUUUGCAACCAACUUGCAACCAGUUUGCAACCAGUUUGCAAACAGUUUGCAACCAGUUUGCAACCAGUUUGCAACCAGUUUGCAACCAGUUUGCAACCAACUUGCAACCAAUUUGCAACCAACUUGCAACCAUCUUGCAACCAACUUGCAACCAAUUUGCAACCAACUUGCAACCAACUUGCAACUAAAAUUGCAACUCAACUUGCAACCAAUCGGAAUGAAACCAAACACUUCUCGAUGAGAAUAGGAGAAGCUACUCCCGACGUCGGCCGAUAUCGGAUCUGAUCUGAUCUGAUCGGAUCGGAGAAAAACGGAUCCAAUGUAGGCACUCUUAUUUAAUACUAUGGGUUUAUUUUUUAUUUCGACGUCGGCCGACGUCGGAUCUGAUCUGAUCUGAUCGGAUCGGAGAAAACGGAUCCAAUGUAGGCACCCCCAUUUAAUACUAUGGGUUUAUUUUCUAUUCCGACGUCGGCCGACGUCGGAUCUGAUCUGAUCGGAGAAAAUCGGAUCAAAUGUAGGUGCGGCCUAACUAGGUGCAUUUUUCCGUUGGAACUUUACCAGCUGCAGACGGGGGAUGUGAAUUGCAUAGUGUAGAAUUCCUUCCCUCUCGUCUUCACUGCAGCAUCCAUUUGACUUGCAAAUUGGUCUUGGAGGUGUCACCAGGAAAGUGUACCAAUAAGUUUUCAAUUUAAAAAUCUUUUAGUAAUAUUUUUAAUAUUUUCAAUAUUAAUAAUUUACUAUUAGGAUUGAAAACUACUUUUGAUCUUUGUGAUCUUUUGUAUUUGUUUAAAAAUAGGUAUUUAUGAAACAGUUCGUGAAGUAUGCUUUUUGCGAACGCACGCGAUAUUUAGAGCACGAGCGACAGCGGAGCGAGUGCUAUACAUAGCGUAAGUUCGCAAAAAGUACUUCAUGCACAGUUUCAUACAAUAUUUUAUCUACUCUACCAUAAACAAAUAAAAAAAACUGUAACUCUUCGUCACUGGAAUUCAUUUCUAUUCUACAAUUUUUAGAACUUUGACAUUUAAAAAUUCUAACUUCUUUCAAACCACAAAACUGUAAAAACUUUUGUCGUAAUUUAUUGCUCAUUAUGUCAUCACCAUGACAACGCCAAAGUUAAGGAUAUUUGAUUAUAUGAAAGUGUGUUAAAAACAGUGCGAAAAAGUAAGUCCCAUUUAAAAUACAUUGUUACUUCACGCUCACUUUAAACACUUCACGCACUGCUAUCUAUAAUGACUUACACGUAACAUAACAUAGAGUAGAUAAAAUUGUUUAAACAAUUUCUGCCCAAAAAUUCCGCCCGGUGCUCUUCAGAUUUGUUUAAAGGGGACAUUUUUGAAUAGGAAUUGACAAAGAAACCGAAUCAAAAAUUUUUUCAGGCGGGAGCGGUCUCACUACAUUGACCAAAGAAAUCAAACUUGUUUGGUUUCGCCGCUUUGCUCUUUGCUAGCACUCUGUGCACCUCCGUUUGCCAGUAUGAGUUUGAUUUCUCCGCUUUGCUCUUUGCUCUUUGCUCUUUGCUCGUCCACUCUGAACGUACGCUUAGAGAGUCUGUAUAGCAAGUUCGAUACGAACAAAGAUAGGCAACUAGACUUCCUGGAGUUCUUGGAAAUGUUUACAAACAGGACUUUUAAAGAAACGUUUUACAAUGUUGCAGAUAAAAUAUUAAACUUCGUCGUCCUUCCUCCGAAGAACAGAAAUACACCACAGCUACAGCGGACCAUCACUGUCACUGGAGCCUAUGAACGACAGUUUAAAUGUAGAGCGAAUAUUCUUGGAAUGGCUAUAUUAUCCAUCAUCCAAAUAAUCUGCUUCUAUGCAAAUUCGACUUCUAGAAGGGCAAAUGUCUUAUCUAAUUCGUUACAAUUCCAUCCUUGCAAGAAGAGGCAAGUGUACAGAUACUUCACUUAUAUGCUGUUGCAUACUGAUAACACGCAUCUGUACGGUAACAUAGUCAUACAAAUUCUCAUUGGAAUACCCUUAGAGAUGGUUCAUAGUUGGAGGGUUGUCGUGAUAUACAUAGCAGGGGCUUUUGGAGGCUGCUUAACUCAUUCUGUUCUUGAUAGGAAAACAUAUUUGGUAGGAGGAAGUGGUGGAACGUUCUCAUUCUUUACUGCUCACAUUGCUGCAGUUAUUUUGAAUUGGAGGGAAUGGACGCAUCCAAUAGUCCACGUGCUCCUGUUCGGCAUAGUUGUCAUCAUUGAUGUAUUCUAUAAGGUAUUUAGUCACACUGAAGCUGGAGAUGUAACCAGCUACUUGGCCCAUGCCGGUGGUGCUGUGGUGGGCUUGUUAUUUGGAGUCAACAUUUUGCGGAAUAUUAGAAAAACUAAACUAGAAAAGCAUUUGUGGUAUAUCUGCCUGGUAACUUUAGGUGCACUGACAAUAACUUUCAUUGUUUUCGAUUUUAACCUGCCCUUGAAAGUUAACUGCUGCAAUGUGAACAUCACGAUGAAGGCUGAGAAUUUAGAGGCUGUUAAUCGUACAAUUUUUAAUAGUUGACACACUUAAAUCUUUUGGUUAAUUAUAUCAACAGGAAGUUUAUUCUGCAAUAACACAGCUAAAGGAUGGCAAAGCAGCAGGUCCCGAUAAUAUACAAGCAGAACUACUCACACUAAUGGACAACGAAUCAAUAGCAAUAAUCGCAAAGAUAUUCAACAAUAUAUACAACUCAGGAGAAAUACCAACAGAAUGGCUGAAGUCUGAGUUUAUUGCACUUCCAAAAAAAACAGGAGCCAAAAAAUAAACCAAACGAUAAAACGACAAACGAUAAACCAAACAAAAAAUAAACCAAACGAUGCCUGAUGAGGCAUCUCCUUAUUAGUCCAGGAUAAUAAGGUUUUUUCCAUGACACUCGAGCAGCCAGGGCACUGAAGCGUUUUUUCGACAGGUAAUACCUAUAAGAGCAAAUUGUAACUAUUUCCUGCGUAGGAUCUGGCGGCCAUUUUUAUUUAUAAACAAUUAAGUGCCAAAAAAUGGCAUUUUUCCCUUAUUUUUUCAAAUCAAUGGAAAACAGUGAAACUUAUGGUUUUUUUAGUA